CGUCUCGCGAUAUUUCCCUGGGUACAGUACUUCCAUCAUGGCAGGCAGUAAGUUGGUGCUAGAAGGAAGAGUAAGUAUAAAAGCAUUUCUUUUAGGGCUCAGCGUGCUUGUAAUCCCAUUGAUCAGAACGUGUUACGGACAUGUUGACUGGGUCUUUGACUACCUGACGGAGACUCCCGGGAAGAUAGUGAUUUGCAUCCACAUUGCAGUUAUCAACGGCCUCUUGCUAAUCACAUACAGAGGACCUCUGUAUAAGGUCGCAGUGAGAGCCUGCUUUCUGGGAGUGAUCUUCGGCUGUGGACUAAUAAUCAGCUUCUCUGAGACUACGUGGACACACUUCGGCUGGUACCUGUGCUCCUUGUCCUUCUUCCAUUACUCUGAGUACCUGGUGACGGCCAUCAUCAACCCCCGCAGCCUGUCCCUGGACUCUUUCCUGCUCAAUCACAGUGUGGAGUACACCCUGGCUGCUGUCUCAUCAUGGGUGGAGUUCACCGUGGAGAAGCUCACCUUUCCAGAGCUGAAGCAGCUGAACUGGCUGAGCGUUGUGGGUCUGCUGCUGGUGCUGUGUGGGGAGGCUCUGCGUAAGGCGGCCAUGUUGACGGCCGGCUCCAACUUCAACCACAUUGUGCAGAAUGAGAAGGCCCAGAGCCACGUGCUGGUUACCAGCGGGGUCUAUGCAUACUUCAGACACCCCUCCUAUGUGGGCUGGUUCUACUGGAGCGCAGGCACACAGGUCAUGCUGUGUAACCCGGUGUGUAUACUGGGCUACACGAUAGCCAGCUGGCGGUUCUUCCGGGAGCGGAUCGAAGAGGAGGAGCUCUCCCUCAUCCACUUCUUCACAGAGGAUUACGUCGAGUACAAGAAGAGGGUUCCCACCGGGCUGCCCUUCAUCUCAGGCAUCCGCGCCAACUAGUCCCAGCAGCUGGAUGUUGGAUGUAGACUUAAGCAUCAGGGCAGGUCAGACCUGGAGGGUGCAGCUCUACCAUGAUUCUGCCCUCCAGACGGCCCUGCAGCUCACAGACUGAGUGACAGCGGGGGGGCAGGCAGCUGGGCUGCUGUUUUAUACCAACUUUUAAAAUCCAUCUAAAGACCAGACAACCUCCACUGUACUACAUGUAUUACUCCACCUGUUCCACUGUUUCUGUUUGCAUGCUUCCACCAUGCUUAGUGUGUCACUGAUGAAGACUGAUUCUGCACUGGCCUGUGUGCCCUCACAUAUCAUCACACAGGGAGAAAUGACCAAUUGUUUCACAGGUAAUCCACCAAAUAUUUUCAAGAAGUGGCCACCCCUGUCUUUUAGUCAACAUGUGUCUGUUCAAUGUUAGCAUUUUUAACAUAUGAAGCUUAAAGAAUAGAUAUCGUCAGUCAGGGACGCCCUUCUAGAAGAGCUCUUCACAGAUCCACUCCAUGUCCAGUAUCUGGAGCCGGCCCUGGGGGGGUGGGCGGAUGUUCAGAGGUAUCGGAUCUGCUAGGGCUCUCAGACUCCACAGCAGAUCUCAAUGAACUGUGACUUAAGCUACAUUUGAACAUGCAAAUAUUUCCAUUGUCCCUAAUAUUAUUUUAAAGGUAGAUAAGCAUCUCCAGCAGAAUACAUUUUUCACUGAAACCCGACAUGUUACAGUUCUUCAAAGUCAGUAGCUCUUACCAAAUAGAAGUAAGGGACAAAGUUUUGUAUUUAAUAAUUUAUCUGCAGAAGCAUUAUUUAACAAUAAUUCAAUGAAUAAAAUGUGGUAGAGUA